UCUCCUCCAUUACUUGUGCCGCUCCCAGUUGACAAGGUACCGCUUCAUAGUCUGACUUCGAUUCCAGGAUUUCGGGGUUUCCGUCAGGAUGGAAACCACAAUGUCUCCCCUCCAGCGUGCGUUCAACGCAUUCUUGAUGACCAUGCCACCCGAGCAGUUGGAGGAGCUGCUCAAGUACCUCCAGGACGUAAAAGCUCAGGAAAAUUCUCAGUCUUCAUAUCCGAACGAAAAAUUUCAAUCUUGCUUGGAGUUCAAGGCCGACAAAAGUCAUGGAUCUACCACCUGCGAGUUCUAACACACGGUCCUCAGUUUCGCGGGGGAAGCGAGCCUCAGAUGCAAAACGAAGGCCGCUCAAUAGUUUCAUUGCCUUUAGAAAAGGCGAAGUCGGGCAUUCUUCGCUUCCUGUGGCAGAACGACCCAUUCAAAGCCAAAUGGGCAAUCCUUGCCAAAGCCUACUCCAUUAUUCGCGAUGACCACGAUAGUGAUGUUUCCCUGGAAUCUUUUCUGGGUUUGAAUGCGCAAUUCAUUGGUAUAAUUGGACCAAGUCGCUAUCUUGAAGUUAUGGGCUGGCAACUGGAUGUCGACGAUCAACAGCAAUAUACUAUAGCUAGGGUUAAAGCGACGACGGCAAAUGAAGCCGAUAUUUCGACCAACUAUUCUGUCAAUGAUAUAGUUAAACAUUGCUACACCAGUGGCUAUCCGACUUUGGUUGUCCACAAGGAUGACAGCAUCCGGAUCUCUGGCAACCAUACUAUUGUAACUGAUGUUUGCAAAACAAAUCCGGCUAUGGAAAUAUCAUCACCAGAGCAAACCGAAGAUACAUUUUCGCCAAACACUAGUGACUUGAGCACAAUUGCUGAUGAACCUCCGCUCGAUGCAAUGGAAGUAGUUGGUAUCUGCAGCCGCCCUCAACUUUUCCCGGAGUCAAGUACGGCGAAUGGUUUCGAUUUGGAUAACAUCCACUUCCCAGGUUGGAAUGAGGAGAACGCAAUGUUCACUUACGACGCUGCACUGCAUACGCCACUGAUGCCCUAUGACCCGCUGCACUAUGAUCCGCUGGAUGGCUAUGACUUCUCUAGAUUCGUCGAUAUUUGA